UAUUUUUUUGGUGUUUUUCAAACAUGGCUGCCUGAUGCAGUGCAAAAGAUUGCUUGGAUUAUUCACUUGYUACGCUUUGCUAUCUACUCUUCCACUCAGAACACUAACUUAACUACUAACCAAACUACUAUUGACGAGGCUCCUUGAAUUUUCUCCCUCGUAAGAGGCGAAAUGGAAGUAGAGGAGCCUUCGGAAAAGGUUGAAACUGCGAAUGCACGCGGAGAGUGUGAACCAAAGACCAUCAACGAAACACCGAAACAAGUUAUUAAAAAUGGAGACCAAGAAGAAGAGGAGAAAGAAGAAAACAGCAAAGCAGAACCAAAGAGGACACGUGUAAAAUAUUCGUACUCUUUGGAAGAUUUGAAUGGAUUGAAAGAUUCCCCAGCUUCUCAAGCCUGGCCUGCGUUUAUUGAAGAAGAUUGUAUAAAAAAUGGUGUUUGGGACCCAGAGCUAUGGCACCAUACCCCAGCCAGUGCAAAGCGCUGUGCAUCUCCUGUGGAUGAUAUCAGGCGUCAAAUCAUAAAGGAAGAUGGCAUUGUUCUCAGCCCACAGCGUCAGAGCUUUGGACAAGGUUGCCAUGUCCCACAGAGUGCUCCAGAAAGGGGCUUGCAGCAGGAAAGGACUAAAAACAUGCUGAGUAGAACUCUUGAGAGAGAUCCCAGAGAUGGUAGAAAUAGGCUGACUGGUCGUGUUGGGAGAGGAUCAAGAUCUAUGGAUUAUAGAGUUAACCCAAGAGAAAGACCGACUAGGAAUGGUGACCUUAGACAAACCAGUCCAUGGGAGAGAGACAGAAAUGACAAGGAUUAUAAAAGAACCAAGGAAGAAGAUGGUUACAGUUACAAGAAAGGUAAAAAGAGAUACGAAAAUAUAGAACCUGAACCAGARUGGAUGACAUAUGGACCAACAAGCCAACUAGAGACCAUUGAACUUGGUGGAUUUGACAGGGAAGAGAUGUUUGGAAAAAGAAAAGGUAAGACCGGGUCAUUCACUGGAAGUGAUGAUGCACCAAAAGCAAACAAGAAGGAAAAGGUGGAAAAUAAAAAUAAAAAGAACAAAGAGACCUUGGAUGACCAAGAGGAAGGAAAAGAUGAGAAGGAUUUUGAUAUCAACCAGUUUUUUGUAUCAGAUGCCUUCUCACAGUUCUCUGAUGUGCUUGAGAAAAGUAACAGCAAUGCAAGUCGUUUCUGUCAGUUUUUUGGUGUUGAUGAAAGAAAAGAUGGAAGCAGAAGAUCUUCAGCAGCUGAGGAGUUACUGGAAUAUUCAGGCUUGUCAAGUGCAAGUCCUAGUACACCACGAACACCAUCACCCAACCAGGGMUUUAUGUUUACUCCCAUCAAACCAGUGGAUGCCAGCACUGAACCAGAAAAUCUUGCAGAAAUGCUUGAAAAGACCAAGAUCGACAUGAAGCCAUUGCUGGAGACUGUAAUGUCAUCUGGGAAGACUGACAAGGAGAGAGUGAAGGGGCAGAUUCGAUUGGAGGAUAUUGAGAAAACAGUUGAGAAUGACAAGCAAGGCGAAGAGCCUGUCAAGCAGGAAGAUUCUCAGAAAAAGGAUAAUGAUGGUCAAGAUAUGUCUGCAUUCUUCAAGCUUGUAGAGACCAUGGCGACUUCAGGAAACUUGCCUGAGAAACCACAGCCAGUGAUCCCUGGACUACCAAGUCGUCUUCUUCCAAGACCUCCUUCUCCAAAAGCCAAUAGGCCAUCUCGUACUCCAUCACCUCAACAGAAGUUCCGAACAUCUCCAUCACCCACAGAAAUACUGCAGCACAUGAUGCAGGGUCAUCAGAUCCCUUCACCUUCAGCUAUACCAUCACCUCCUCAGGUGGUACCACAACUGGAUAGACCGUAUUCACCCUAUGGAACCCCUGUGCACAGGUCUCUUGAAAUGCUGCGAAGGUCCCCUUCACCACUCAGCUCCAUGUACAACCAACCAAAAAGCUACUCACCUCUCUUGACGCCAGAUGCCUUUAUGAUGUCAUCAGUAAUGCACCCAUAUCCACCAAUGAGAGGCAGCCCUUCACGCCAGUACAUUGAUAAACCACACUUUGAAUUACCCAAUGAACAGCCAGAAAAGCCAUCUUACAGGAUUCCAAGGCCUAUGCCCAAUCCUAAUAAUGCUGGAUCAGUUAAAACAACACAAAAGAGUCAAACAUCUGCAUUGAAAGACUUGGCUUUCAUGCCGACUUCAGUGCUACAGAAAAUUAAGAAGGAUCAAAUGACACCCAAAUCUAAAACAGACACUGAUGAGUCUAAGAAAGAUAAGAUAGAAAAUGGUGUCAAAGAUUCCAGUAGAAAUGUAGCUGCAGAMAAAAACACGAAACAAUCUGUACUGCCGUCAUCUUCAAGAGUACCAGAGCAAUACCCACCAGGAAAAGAAGAAAUAAAGAGCAUGUUCCAACCUUUUAGCCAUGAGGCAACACUAUUGAAACCAACGGCUUUCAAGCCAUACUCAGGGAUGUCGCCAGGUUCUGUCUCACCCUUGAGAUCAGGUAUCCAUUCAGAACCUCAUUCACCUGUUGCAUCAAGAACAUCAGCAUCGCCAAGUCAGAACAGGCUACCUAUGACAAGCUYGGCACCAGUAACUCCUCAGCGACCACCCCAUGCUGAGCACCACCUAAURUCYAAUCAACAGUUACAUUUCCAUCAUUUGAGGAAUGGCCCCACAUCCAGGGCAGAUGAAUUUCAGGGGAAUGAGAGAGCAAUUAAAAGUGUCAUGCAAGAGAAGCGAUCUCUAGGGAAGGGUAUUGCAAACAGCCAUGAAGGAAAGGUUCCAGAUGAGCUYUUCCAUUUGAGAAUGCAAAAAGAAAUGAGUGAUCGAAGGCAAGAUCAUGAACAACAAYGGCAACUGCAACAAGCCAUACAACAGCAUCAGCAACAACAGCAGCAGCAACUCAGGAGAGAGAUUCACAACCUCAACCAAAUGUACAGGAACAGACCAACACCYCCUCAUAUGAUGGGUGGACGGGUCUCRCCAUCAACRCUACGAUCACCUGGACUACCCCGUACCCCUUACAACACCCCACUACAAAACAUGCACCCACAGGGGAAACAGGGGGUCCACCCAGCUAUGAUGCGAUCACCUGUACCUUCUCCUUACCUAAGGAUGAUGCCUCCUAGGAACCCUAGUAUGCCCAUGCCGUCACAAGCUGCUGUCAUGCAGAUGAUGCAGCAGCAUCYUUCCAUGAUGUAUGGACCAGGCCAUACUCCAAUGCCUGGCCACCAUGGUUAUGGACCAAUGAAUCCUCCCAUGGUGCCUCCAGCAUCAAAUUAUCCAGUUCCAAGACACCCAGGCUUGAUGCACCAUCAAGGAAAAGUUCCUAGUAAUAUGCCACAGCAUCAAGAUCCUAACCCUAGAGKAUCACCAAGUGACAAUGUACUGGCCAAAUGGUUUAGUGAAGACAUCCUGAGAAGCACUCAGGGAAAGACCCCAAGUGUGCAUGACAAGAAAGUCAUGUCAGUUGAAGACCUAGAACGUCAACAGGCAAUGUUCGCAGCYAUGACCUAAUAGGAAUUACUGCCUAAUCUUGCAUACUGUAUAUAGUAAGUAGACUUCCCAAUGCAGAAUGUAUAUGCUAGCAGGUCAUGUGAUCACUACUGCUAUAUUGGAUCGAAAAUGUUAACAUACUAAAAAMUAAAGCUGACUGCACUGUUUCUA